AAGCUUGUUACACACUGUAAGGAAGGACAUGAAGCAGCAAGUUUUUAAAGUAGUAUUAAUCUCUUCUGUGGUUUCAGAACGCCUCUGGGAGCCUCCCUGGAUGAGCAAAGCAAUCCUCUAUUGAAGGGCAUGCUGGUGAGAAAUGGAGGAAGUUUUGAAGAUGACUUAUCCCUGGGAGCCGAAGCUAAUCAUCUACAGAGUGAUACCCAAAUGGAAACAUGCAAUGGUGUGCUGGCAAAGGAGAGGAGGCUGCAGUUCCACCAGAAGGGGAGAAGUAUGAACUCCACCGGGUCUGGAAAAAGCAGUGCAACUGUUUCAAGUGUUUCUGAAUUACUGGAACUUUAUGAGGAAGAUCCUGAAGAAGUGCUCUAUAACCUUGGGUUUGGAAGAGAUGAACCAGAUAUUGCUUCAAAAAUUCCAGCGAGAUUUUUUAAUUCAUCUUCAUUUGCCAGAGGGAUAGAUAUCAAAGUGUUUUUGAAUGCCCAGAUACAACGCAUGGAAGUGGAAAAUCCAAAUUUUGCUUUAACAAGUCGUUUUCGUCAGAUUGAAGUGCUUACUACUGUGGCCAAUGCUUUUUCUUCUUUGUAUUCUCAAGUCUCUGGGACUCCGUUGCAGAAAAUUGGUAGUAUGAAUUCAGUGUCUUCCAGCAAAGAGGCAUCCAGCCCUCCCCCUUUAAAUCGCAGCAAUACAGCCAGUCGGUUAAUGAAAACCUUGUCAAAGCUCAAUCUGUGUGGCACACAGCAAGCCGAUGGUAGUGGCUGUUCAACUCCUUCACCUGUUGAAAAAGGGAAAACUUCAGCUGAACCAGGGAGUGAGGAAAAUGAUGUUAAAAAUGAAUCUAAAUUGUCAAAAUACUCUAAAAAGAAAGACUCUCCCUCUUUUUUGGCUACUGUAAAGGAGGAGAUAGCCAAUAAUCAGAUAAAUGCUGCGGAAGCACAUAAACCUGCAAACAUUCCUGCUGGGACUGAUGAUAAGCAAGAGGAUACUGUGCCUCCAGCAGAUGUGCAAAGCAGCAGGUUGGCAAGUGCCCAGGACAGACCAUGUGAAGAAUCUAGUCUUUUGGACUUGCCAAGCCUCAGCAGCAGUUCCAGCGCAUCCAACAGCAGCACCCCGACUCAAAGGCUGCCCACGGCAUCACCAGGUAGAGACCCCUGCGCUCCCCUCACAAACCCGUCCAUAGUAAAUCUAAUGCUGCAGCAGAAGGACUCCUUUGAGAUGGAAGAGAUCCAGAGUACAGAGGGGGAUCUACCACAUGUUCCAGCUUCUCACCAACUGGCAGUGACCAAGUCAAGGAAAGAUCAGCUGUUACGAACCGCAAGUCAACACUCUGACAGCAGUGGCUUUGCUGAGGACUCAUCCACAGAUUGUUCUCCAUUUAAUCAGCUCCAGGCUCAGGAGUCUUUGCAGGGCAUGGGAAGCAGUGCUGACAGCUGUGACAGUGAGACAACCGUGACGUCGCAUAGUGAGGAACAGAAAACACCAAUAGCCAAGGAACUGCCCUGUUUCAAUAAGUUUGAGGAGGAAGAGGAUGAUGAGGAUGAUGAUGAUGAUGAUGAUGAAGAGGAUAUUAUCUCUCAAGUAGAGAGACAAAAGAUAGGGGCACCUUCUGAGAACAGAAGGAGUGAAGAUAGAAAAAUUGACUAUGAAACUGAACAAAAUCAAGAAGGAGAAAGCAAGUCAUCUCAUAUAUCAGAGACAGUCCAAGGAGAGGUCAGCUCUAAAGAGGAAGACGUUUCCAGUGAGCAAAAAGAAUUGGACCUGCUGGAGGCAGGCAGUGUGUUUGAGUUUCCUCAGUACCACACGCACCAUAUCCUCAAGUCAAUGGAGUCUCUGGAAGGUGACGGUGCCUCCCCAUCAUCUGUGGACAGGGUUCACGUUGCCUUGCAAAGAGCCGAGAUGAGGAUCGUCAGCACGUCAGAUUCCAGGACUGGACGCACUCUGCUUAAGUCAAAAGAUCUCCUGAGGAAGCAGAGACUCUGGUUUGCUGAAUCGGGCUAUCCUCUAAGGCGGUCUCAGUCUCUCCCAACUGCAUUGCUGAAUCCCGUGAAAGUAGUGUCCUCUGUCAAUGUCCAGUUAACACCAGGAAAAGAGACUCUGUGCAGUCCUCCUUCUUUCACCUAUAAGUAUACGCAUGUGGAGGAAGACGACAAAGCGAUGCCUGAAAAUGACAAAAGUGAGGGUGAGGCAGCUGCCAGCCAGCCGGUAUGCAAAUCCACACUGUUCAUUGCACCUUCAUCCUCCAAAAAAGAAGGGCUCCACACUGGGCAAAACAGGCUGUCCCAGGAGUCCAGUCCCACCAGGGUACAGAGCUGCCCACUGCACACACCGGCACACAUGUCCCAGUCAACGUGCUCCCUCCACUCCCUCCCUGCGGAGUGGCAGGACAGACCGCUCUGCGAGCACGUGAGGACGCUGAGCACCCACAGUGUCCCAAGCAUCUCCGGCUCUUCCUUCAGUGCCUUGCUUUCCCCCUUCAGCUGUCCCUUCUCUCCAAGGCAUGCUGGAUUUCCUCAUCGACCUCAUGCCAUCAACCCACCCUCCACUGUGGAGAUGCAGCUGCGCAGGGUCCUACAUGACAUCAGAAACUCUCUGCAGAACCUCUCACAGUACCCGGUGUUGAGGGGUCAGGAUCUUUCAGCUGCCACCAGUUACACUACUCAGCGAUCAUCCAUUCUACCUCUCUAUGAAAAUACGUUCCAGGAGCUACAAGUGGUAAGGCGAAAUCUAAACUUGUUCAGAACCCAAAUGAUGGAUUUGGAAUUGACUAUGUUAUGUCAACAGACAACAGUUUAUCAGCACAUGACAGAAGAGGAAAGAUAUGAAGCUGACCAGCUACAGAGCUUGAGAAAGUCUGUCCGCAUGGAGCUACAGGAGUUAGAGAUGCAGUUAGAAGAACGUCUACUCGCUUUGGAAGACCAGCUGAGAAGUCUGCACAUGUCUUCACCUUACAGACCUCAGACACACGUAGGUAUGUUUGGAAGCAGAAGUGCUGAUAAUCUAUCAUGUCCUUCUCCAUUGAAUGUCAUUGAACCAGUCUCCGAACUUAUUCGAGAGCAGUCAUUUCUGAAGUCUGAACUGGGUUUAGGACUGGGAGAUCUUGGACUGGAAACUCUCCCGGCAGAGGGUACAGAGUCUGUAUUCUCCCAUGGAAACUCUGAUUCCUCUUCAGUGUGCUCUGGUCACAUAGGUAGAAAAGCUGGUGUUGGAUCCUCUGAACUAACAGGAAGGCCUAAGAGUCAAAGCAAGAAGUUAUACCGAGCCUCCGUUGCCUUAACACCAACUCCCCCAGUGAGAGCAGGCACUGGGCAGCAGGUGGAAAGCUCUGAGGAGUUUGCAGACUCCAAGCCAGAGGUGGAGUACAAACUUGAAAAAGUCCCUCUCGUGCCUUCGGUUGAUGAAAUCCACAAAACUGUGGAGCAGGAGGAGCUGCAGCAAGUCAUACGGGAGAUUAAGGAAUCUAUUGUUGGUGAAAUAAGACGAGAAAUAGUAAGUGGAUUGUUAGCAGCUGUAUCGCCCCAAAGCAGAUCUGCAACUGCAAAACAAGAUACACAGCCAUGAAACUGGCACUACAGGUUGAAUGUAGUCCGAAGUGCCGUGGGAUUCUGCUUUGGGAGGCAUACGCUGGCGAAAGUGUCAAGUUAUUUUCGCUUCAGGAGAUGUUAAAGCUGCUGAGAUAGGCUACUGUAUUUGACGCUUGGUUCUAUGAUGUGUACCUUUCCUUGAGUUCAUCCAUAAAGACUUAGACACUUUAGCUAGUUCAUUACUUUCCUUCAAGCAUCAACAAAACUGUGGCUUGCUGAAAGGUUUUGUAUUUAUUUGUAUGACCCUGGUGUAAAUUUUUAUGUAGCUAAUUUCUUUGUCUAAUGAUGCAUCAUGAAACUUGAAAAUUUCCAGACCUAACCAACUUAUAAAUAACACACAUGCAUUCAGCCUAGCUUUUUUUUUUUAGAAAAAAAAAAAAGCAACACCCCCCACCCCCACCCCA